AUGGCUCCCGACGAAGAAGCCCUCCGCGAUGCUGAAUGGCUACGAGAACGCAUAGCAAAUCGUGUUAUACCAAAUCCYUCUCCGCGGAAUGCCAUGAUCAGAACAGAAUCCAGCCUUCCGGACAGUAUCGAGCGCGGCUACCACGCCGAUGGACACAAGACCUGGGGAUUCGUUAUCUAUCGCACGACCUACGAAAACGAUGCAGACUGGGCGGAGUGUAUGCGUCGCCUACGCUGGUGGGCAGCAGAUAGUAUGGAGUACUACAACGGCCAGGAUGUCUUGGACCUAAUGACCUGGACCAUUUUUGACGAUCGAGAACAAUUUGAGAACAUGGACGUUCCAACAAUCCGUCGCCACUUUCGCAAUUGGACAGAGACUGCAGUUCAGUCCGAGCAGUCGACAGCAAACAUGGGUGGAUCCCCGCGCUACAAAUACUGUGUGCAAAUUGACACAGAAGCGCUCAAAUCUGUUUUGGGCACCCACCCUCCGCCAAGAUCCGACGACGAUCAUGCAGGUUGGGUGAAAUUGAUCGACAAGAACUGGCUUCCUCGAAGUGAAGACCCGCUCUGGGCAGGACGACGGCCGGAUCCUAAUGAGUAUGAGCCCAUCGACGGAAUCACUGAUGAGAGGAUCGGCUGGGUCAAGGUUCCGCUCAUAAGUGUUAUGGUGGAGUACUACGAGAUGUUUCGGGACCCCAACAUGGUCAUGAGAGCGCAUCGACGACCACCAGCCAUUAUGUAG